CAACAAUUGCGUGUUGUCUUCUCUCUCCCAUCCCAAUCUCAGGUUCUCUCAAGAACAUAAGAGGAAACAAAAUCGAGAAAGAAAGAAAGAUAAAGAAUCAUCGUAAUCAGGUGUCAUCACUAUGACCGGACCGUCCGUAGAGAUAACUGGAUCGAACCGGUUCAUUGUCUUCUUCAUCGUCGUCCUCAAUCUUUGUUUAUCGAUUGAAGCAAGGUCGAGCGAACAGCAACAUGCUAGCUUUCCUCCAAGAGGAUGGAACUCGUAUGAUUCCUUUUGUUGGACUAUCUCUGAAGCUGAGUUCUUGCAGAGCGCUGAAAUUAUAUCUAAGCGUCUUCUUCCUCAUGGUUAUCAGUAUGUUGUGGUGGAUUACCUUUGGUAUAGAAAGAAAGUUGAAGGAGCUUAUGUGGAUUCUCUUGGGUUUGAUGUGAUUGAUAAAUGGGGAAGGAUGCAUCCUGAUCCAGCUCGAUGGCCAUCUUCUAAAGGCGGUAAAGGUUUCACGGAAGUCGCAGAGAAAGUUCAUAGAAUGGGUUUGAAGUUUGGGAUUCAUGUUAUGGGAGGAAUAAGCACACAAGCAUAUAACGCUAAUACCCUCGUUUUGGAUAGUGCUAAGGGAGGUGCUUAUGAAGAAUCAGGUAGACAGUGGCGAUCGAAAGAUAUUGGCAUCAAGGAGAAGGCUUGUGUAUGGAUGCCACAUGGGUUCAUGAGUGUGAAUACCAAGCUAGGUGCAGGAAAAGCUUUCUUAAGGUCUCUUUAUCGACAAUAUGCAGAAUGGGGCGUUGAUUUCAUAAAACAUGAUUGCGUAUUUGGCACUGACUUCAAUAUAGAGGAGAUAACUUAUGUGUCAGAGGUUCUAAAGGAGCUUGAUCGGCCUGUUUUGUACUCCAUAUCUCCAGGGACGAGUGUGACACCUAGACUGGCUAAAGAAGUUAGCCAAUUAGUUAACAUGUACAGAAUAACAGGUGAUGAUUGGGACACAUGGAAAGAUGUGGCGGCACAUUUUGAUAUCUCGAGAGAUUUAUCUGCUUCUAGUAUGAUCGGUGCACAAGGGUUACAAGGGAAAUCAUGGCCCGACCUAGAUAUGUUACCUCUUGGAUGGCUUACCGACCCAGGUUCGAAUUUUGGACCUCAUCGAGCGUGUAAUCUUAAUCUUGAAGAGCAAAAGACACAGAUGACGUUGUGGUCGAUGGCGAAGUCCCCUCUCAUGUUUGGAGGUGAUGUGAGAAAGCUCGAUGAUGCUACUUAUAAUCUGAUCACAAAUCCUACACUACUGGAAAUAAAUUCUUAUAGCUCUAAUAAUAAAGAGUUUCCUUACCUCAUCGCGAGAAGAGUAUCUAGGAAUAAGCACAAAGGCCAUCCUCAUCAUUCAACGGGCAAGAACAUUUCAACUAAGCAUGCUUUUGGUCUCACUAGCUGCAGAGAAGCAAAAGCCAACACUUGGUCCAUCGUAAACAAGAACAGUGGGCAAAUCUGUUGGAACCAGUACUCUAGUGAAAAACUAGAGAAGCCCUUUUGCUUAUACAAUAGAAAAGCUCUUCUAUCUUCCGAUGAGGAGUUAAAACGCAACCAGUUUUACCAAGGUAAGCUUCAUUUGCAAACAAAAGAUAAAGAAGAGUCUUGUUUAGGAGCUUCCUCGCAGCAAAAGCUCACUUCGAAAGAUUAUAGUCGAGGUGCUUUAUCACCUUGCAAACUAGAUGCAAACCAGAUGUGGGAGCUCCACGGUAAUGGAACACUAGAAAACAGUUAUUCUGGUCUUUGUGCCGUGUUAAAUCCAGUGAAAGCUGAAGCCAGCUCCAGCGGCACUCGUUCUUGGAUUGCCACGGGAAGAAAAGGAGAAGUAUACAUUGCAUUUUUCAACUUAAACCAGGUGAAGACAACGAUAUCAGCCAAGAUAUCAGACAUUGCCAAAGCUCUUCCGAACAAGAGGAAUCUUGAAGGAGCUUCGUGUAAGAGCCAUGAGCUAUGGAGCGGCAAAGAUUUCGGACCAACAAAAGAUUCAGUGUCGAUUCAAGUCGAACCCCAUGGUCCUGCUCUGUUCGUUCUUCAUUGUAGCCAUGCCUGACUAUAUCAGAUCAACAGGCAUCUCAUUUACCUUCUCCAUACAACGUCCUUUUCAAUCGUAGUAAUGUUUCAUCUUUAGUCUAUAAAAACAGUCUUGUGUAAAUCAAUAAAUACAAAACAUCAAAGUAUGAAAUAAAUAAAUAAAACGCAAGAUCAAAA